UCGUUGCACGUUUGCUUUCAUUUUAACAUAUAUUUAAUCUGUCAAAUUAUAAAACAUUAUCGGAUUGAUUGCUAACCUGUAAGCGUGUUGAGAUGAAGAACGGGAUUUCCAAUGACAAAGAAAAGAAGAAAAAGGAGAGCAUCUUCGACUUGUCUAAAUACAUUGACAAGACAAUUCGUGUGAAGUUYCAAGGAGGAAGAGAGGCCAGCGGCGUCCUGAAAGGAUUUGAUCCUCUGCUAAACCUGGUGCUGGACGGCACGAUCGAGUACAUGCGAGGUACGUGGACAAGUUUUAAGGCUUUAAAGCUCGACGAGAGGAGCUUAAAUAACCAGUGGACUKCUGGMACUUCAUCUCUUGCUCAGACCAAACAUUACUUUAUUCACUUCUGCAUCCAUGACCAAAAAAAAGUCUCUGACAUACAGCCAUUGAAAAAAAGAAGAGCUCCCUUUUUCAGUUUCAAAGUUUUAUGCAUACACGUAUAUUAGGUUUUGCUAAACGGAUAAUUCAUGUGAUG